AGAGAGUUGUGUGACUCGAUAGCGCACAAUCAUGUUCUGAAUGAGCUGAAGGCAAGUGGCCACAAGUUGGAACCGGAAUCAGUCUCUGCCUUCUCUAACAUGCUGAAGCAUAAUAAAGCGCUAAAGCGGCUUGCCAUCGGAGACAGUACAUUCGGUGACGAGGGUCUCACAUUGUUGGCCCCAGGUCUUGCAGAGAAUGCUGGCCUGGAGGCAAUCGAGCUCGACUAUAAAGGCAUCACAAGCGAAGGGGUUUCGACCUUGCGAGAAGUUUUCCUCAAGAACAAAGUGCUCAGAUCGAUUUCGCUGUCGCGAAAUUCAAUUAAGGAUGAAGGACUGAGCAAGCUCUCAAGCAUAUUCGGGGAGGCAGGUGUAAAUCUCGAGCGAGUCGACUUGUCAUCCAUCGAAGUUGGUGAUGUCGGCAUGAAGGCGUUGGGUUCAGCUUUG